AUGGGAAGUAAGAAGAAUGUAUCUAUCUCCCGAGAGAAGAAGGAGGACGGGCGUGUGGUUAGAGAGAAUCUUGCGACUAAAGAAACAACAAUCAAAAACAAUGGCGAAACUCUUAAGAUUGCUGAACGUGAAAUUAAAGUUGGGGCGUCUUUAGAUAGGUCGCAGCCGGUGGUUAAGAAGAUUACUAAGAACUUUCUGGAGACUCAGGACAGUCUUUAUGGGACUUCCUUAUCGCGGAAGUUAGAGCCUCAGCCGGAAUUGGAGGAGGAGAAGUUGGGUGGGAAACAGCAGCGGGAAAGACCGCAGGAUUUAGGCCGGGCUAAAUUACUGGUGGAUAAGUUGACUUUAAGGUACUGCCAGAACCGGAAUUAUAUGGAGAAGGUGGAGAAGUUGGCGAAGGUGACGAGUCGGAUGAGUGCUGAGUCGAUGGAGAGUCUGUUUAUGCAGAUUAUGCGCCGGGCUGAGAGUCCGUAUAUUGCUUUGUUUUUGUUUCCUUAUUUGGCAACGGAAGAGCUCUUUUUAUCAAAUAAGUGUGUGAAACAGUUGAGUUUAUUGGUGAAGAGUUUUCGGCAGAUCUAUACCGAAACGAUUCCUUAUUCCUCUAUUGUCUGGUCGUUGUUCAAAACGAAGGUGAAGUAUGAUGUGCGAAUUGAGACUUCUUUUGGGCUGGUAGGAGAGUUGAACCAGACUCCGGAGAUGAGGGAGGCUAUAGUGGGGUUGUACGGGAAAGGACAUGUAGUGGCCUAUUAUAAAGAGGUGGCGGCUGGUAUUCUUUUGCAGGCGUACGAUCGUAAGGUGAUUUAUUCGCUGAUGUACACGAUUAAUGAUCGCAACUUAGCUAUGAAACCGUUAGAGCCGAUGUUUGCUAAGUUGCAGGAGUAUGCAUCUGGGAACACAGUUGAGAAGAAUACGGCUAGUAUUGCGCGUGCAAUUUGGGCUUUGCUUUUGGCCCAUCCGGAUGCAUUUGAUGAUGAUUUUGGAUCAACAGUCACUUACUUUACUUACUUUGCUAAUGUCUUUACUGAGGAGGCAUGUGAAACCUUUGCGGCGGAUGAAAUCACUGAUAUAAUCGAUGCAAUUGCGAGUUUAGCCAAUGCAAUCAUUAAUCGUACGAUUACGAGUAAAACAGGCCCGAUGGAUGCCGAGAAGGUCAGUAACCGGGUUGAGAAGAGGACUGUGCAGGAGCAGGGCCAUGUGCAGAUCAUUCCGGAAAUGGAAGAUGUGGAGUAUACUGACCAGGUUGAGGGUAAUUCAGACUCUUCUAGUGCUAGUGCCCAGCUUGGUGAGCAAGACUUGUCCAGUGGCAGUGGUGACCAUUUAAACAAUGUUACUAUGGACCCCCAACGACACUUGGUCUUUGCCUCGGCUUUGGAACACCUCUACAAAACCACGGCUAAGAACAUCAAAGCUAGUAGCGAGUGGAAGAAACGCGUAUCUUAUGACUCUCUUCUUUAUUUGGUUGCCCAAAUUAAGCUGGGGCAUUUGGUGGUUUAUCUAUCCCAUGCGGCGGCAGUGAACACAAUUCCUUACGCGCAAUACUUUGAGCUGGUUAGUCAAGUUGCGGUUCCAACUAAGGACCAGAAUGAAGAGAAGCAUCCUGAUCUUAAUAUACUAAAGGAGACCGUGAUGGCUGAAAAGUGGAAGACAAUUGGGUACUUGGCCAGAGAAUCGGUUGCUCGGCCGGAGCCUGGUCUUCUGGCUAACGAUAUACUCGGUCUUCGGGCACCUAUCGGGCUUAUCUCUAAUAUUGCGGCUGUAGUGGAUAUCUUUGAAAUGCCAAGUAUUUCGGCCUUUCUAACUAAUGGCUACAUCUACGAUGCUAUCUUUCUUAUUACUCUUCCCAAGUACGUCAAGAAUCCUCAGUUCGCCUGCUCACUUAAAGAGUGUGUGGGUAUCCUAAUUAGCCAAUGCCAUAAAGAAGCCUUAGCUCUUUUGGCGCGUAAACUCAUGGAACUUGAUGGCUUCUAUACCGAAGCCGAGCAGAAAGAGGGCAGUAAAGCCUCCCGUAUUCCUAAAGACUACAUUGAAGCUAAACCCAUCGUGCGCGAGACGAUUGCCUCUCUUUUUCUCACGGAAAUUGACCUCACUGCCAUUCAUGCCGCUCAACUUGAAACCAAGCAACUUGAGAAGGGCCAGCAAGGCUACGACACUUUCCGGGUCAACAUGAAAGAGAAGAAGGUUCUUAAUCCAGAGACCCAAGAAGAAGAGUACUCAAUUAUCGAAGAGACCGUCUUCAAACGACUCGGCACUGACAAACUCAAGACUCACAAUAGUAUCAAAGAGUUCCACAAACUUUCCAAAACAGCCCAAAAUAUCGAUACGCAGCGCCGCAAGAUUAUUGUUUCUUUCUUAGCCAAAAUCAAUGACACCCCAAUUUCAGAUAAGUUUGUCAAUGCACUUAUUGCACUUCCAGCUGCCGUCUCUCUUACUGAUAAGUUCAUGGCCUUUCUCUUAGCCAUCCUCUCCUACUUCAAAAAGAAUGUCACCCUCUCCAGUGAAACCAACCAAAACCUGCUCAAAUUCGCGAGUAAGCAAAUGGCCGCCAGUAAUAAUGAGAUUAAAGCCCAAGCCAAGUUCCUUUAUUGCGACUGUUCGGCUGCCCCAGAUAUUGCUUUAGAAACCGAUCUGACUACAUUUGAUGGACUCUCCCUUUCUCUUCUCACUCUUAUCUUCUCCCAGAAAGGCAACAUCCAAGAGCUCAAAGACGCCUUCUUCCGAGUCUGUACUGAGAUUACUUCAGACGAACGGGCCGAACUCCUUCUUCUCUUCGCUAAAGUAGGCGUUCCCAUCUCUAAUGACCUCAAACAAGAAUCACGACUUGUUCAGGAAUAUCAAAAAUCCACCCAACGCUUUAACAACUCAUUCCCCGAAAUCAUCUAA